GGAGUUCUUUCUGCUUAUAGGAUUAAAAAAAAUCAUCAUGCUGACCUCAAAGAGGAAGUCUUGGGCUUGGACAAGAACUUUGCAACACACAGCUUGGUGGCGGCAGUGGCAGAGGCAGAAACUUUUAUUUCAUCAUUUCUGAAAAAUAAGAGUAAUAACGGAAACAAGUGAAAUGUUCGGGCUUGGACAAUUGCACCUCAUUACCAGAAUUUUUCUUAAAAGUUCAUACAUCGGUCUCCUGUGAGUUGGUUGGUAGGAAUCCAUUCUGAAUCAGUCAAUUCUUGGUGCCCUGUUAAGAUCAAAUUUCUGUACCAGCAAACCUGAGGGCUGGCUGCUGAGCUGCAGUAACUACACCAGGGGAAGACAGCAUGGGAAUGAGUAAUUCUACACCUAAACCCAACAUUGGCAGGCGACUCACCUUCACCACAGCAGCCCCAACGACUACCUCUGCACCCUGUCUCUCUAACAGCCUCAACAAGGAACAUUUGAUCUUGGCCUUUUGUGCUGGGGUUCUACUGACACUGCUGCUGCUGGCACUUAUCUUCCUUGUCAUAAAGAGCUACAAAAAAUGUUGCUCCAGUCCCCAGGUCCUGGAACCUCACUCAGAUCUUCCGGCCAAGCUUUCAUCCAUCCCAGAGGAGUCACUUACCUAUGCCAGAAUGACUUUCAAAACCUCAGAAGAAAAGGGCAAUCACUUGACUAAGAAUUGUUCUGCAGACUCGGACCUCACAGUCUAUACUCAGAUUAAAGCAGCACACUCACCCUGAGUUUCCAGUGAGGCUUGAAUCCAGUUCUUCGCACCUCAGCACCAUCUUCAUACAUCUUUUUCUUUCUUUUUCUUUUUUCUUUAACAAAUUUUGGACCACAACCUGUGUGAAACUGUGGUCAGAGUUGUUUAGGUGUGAUCUGGCAAAGCUAUCCAGCAGUUUUGAAGACUAUUGGUCAGUCUUUUGCCUGGCCAGAGAAAAGACUGCUAGCCCUUCUGCUUGAACUCACAGACUGCCCCAUGAGGGCUGAGACUGCCUCCCUCAUCCCCUUCCGAAAUGUGUGGCACAGAGCUCAGUGCACAGAGGAUUCACCCAGUGUCAGGGAUCAACUUGGGAGGAGUCAACCAAAUGAACAAUCUAUCAAGAAUUUCAAAUAAAGGCAAACCCUUCACAA